CCAAGCCGGAAACAUAUUUUCUAAGGGGAAUUCUUCAUUCCACGGCAUCAUAGCUGCUGGCCAGUGAGGAAUUGAGUCCAGUUUGGGGUCAUUGGAAGCGGAAGCUGCAAGCAGGGGUAAGUGGAGAUUUUUGUAGUCCUAAACUGGAGAGGACAUCGAGUCCUCCAAGCAGAUCACGGAGCCAUCUGGUUUAUACCAGAGCGUGGUGGUAGGGCAAACAUGAGGGAAGAUAUAUUUCAAAGGCAGCGAGAUACAGUAAGAAACAUCUCCUAGGGAAACACAGGGCACUUUUGCAUCUCAGGUUUCUUUACAAAUCGAGGCUUGCAGCUUUAUGAAAAGAAGUUUCAAAUCCCAAAGGUGAGAUAACGCUCACCUGGAGGCCGUGUGUCUUUCUACCCUUUGGCUGCGAACAGUCACUUGGGAAUCAUUCCACCAGGUGGCUUCCUAGGUCCAACCUACUCGGUUGAAACCUGACACUGACAGAGACUCCCUGGAAAGGGCUGUGGGCUGCGGUCUGCUCAACCGAGAACCAGGAAAUGAGCAAACCUCUUUAUGUCUGAAAACCAGCUGGCCUCCCUGAGAGACACAUCCGCCAUGGGAAACAGGCUGUGCUGUGGGGGAAGCUGGAGCUGCCCAUCAGCUUUCCAGAAGAGAAACAAAGCAGGGAGCCCAGCAAGACCCACACUGAGCACAGUGAAACAGCAACAGCUACAGCAGAAUGGAACAAAGGACUAUGAAACAACAGCACCAACGUAUGAGCAAGUGCUACACCCGCCUGCAUCUCCAAAGAAAAGCCCAGACACCACAUCGGACGAGAACAACUUGCAUUAUGCAGACAUUUAUGUGCUCAGCCAAAUGCAGCCACACUCUCGAAAGAAGGCGAAACAGCUGCAUUCAGAAACUGCUACAGAGUACGCCACCCUUCACUUCCCCCAGGCCACACCUCAUUAUGACAGCAAAAAUGGAACCCUGGUGUGAGCCAUUGGGAGGAAGUACUGGUUUCCAUAAUUUUACCACCCUGUGGGAACAAUCUGCUGUUUUUGAGAACAGGGGUGUUGGCCAUGUUUUAAUCUUAAGGAACAGCAAAACACCUGGAACUGUGGGUCCGCCUACUCUCUCAACUGUGAAUCUUUUGGUUUGCCAUUGUUACCCUCAUGGAGUUGUGGUCAGGCUAACUAUGGAUGGGCCGAGUUCCAAAAAAUAUUUAAGUGUGCAAAAAAAAAAAGGUCGACCUUUGACCCCUAACGUUAUUUGAACUUUCAAAUGCAACAAGGAACCCUCUAUGCACUUUGGCUGUUUCUGAUAGGAUUUAUUUAACGAUAUUUGGU